CCCUGACACACAUACAGUCGCUCCCUCUCUCUCACUGCCUCUCUCCCCUUCUUCCUCUCAGCAGCUGUAUUGGAAAGCACUGAAGCUGGUAAUUUCAGCCACUUAAUUAAUUAGCCUAGCUGCUGUUUAAAAAAGAGAGAGAGAAGAAAAGAACGAGACUCCUUGCACGAGGCAAAGCUCGGACUGUACUCUUUUGUCUGUGUCGUCUGGGUUUGCCGGAGCCCUGGCAAGAGAGCAGUAUAGAUAAAUCAAAGAAGCUAAUUGGUUUGUUUGUUUGUUUGUUUUUUUCUUGCUUUGAGAAAGGCAGUGCAGAAGAGUGGUGUAAAAGGCUAUUUUUCUUUCUUCUUCUCAUCUGACAUGGCUUCUCCAUAGGAAUUCAGCGCACAAAGCUGCAAGGCUGAAGGCUAAGGACCGUAACGAGAUCGGCAGGUGGGACGGGCGGAAGAUGGCGGGCAAGGAGAGGCAGGACGUGAAGAGCAGCAGCUCCAUCGUGCCCUGCUUCGUGUUCGUGGAGAUUUUGGCAGGAGAGCUGUCUUUGUUCUUCAUGAAGUCGGAGAGUGCUCGAGAGAAGACCAUUGUGACGGGAGACUGCUGCUACUUCAACCCCCUUCUGCGCAGAAUCGUGCGCUUUCUUGGGGUUUACUCUUUCGGCCUCUUCACGACUACCAUUUUUGCCAACGCCGGGCAGGUGGUCACGGGCAACCAGACGCCCCACUUCCUGUCUGCCUGCCGCCCCAACUACACGGCCCUGGGGUGCCAGUCCGCCCUGCAGUACAUCACCGAGCGGCGGGCGUGCACCGGUAACCCCCUCGUCAUCGCCUCUGCCCGAAAAUCCUUCCCCUCCAAGGACGCUGCCCUGAGCGUGUACUCGGCUGUCUACACUGUGAUGUACGUGACACUGGUGUUCACAGCCAAGGGCACCCGGCUGGCGAAGCCCACGGUGUGCCUGACCCUGCUGUCCCUGGCUGUGCUGGUGGGAGUGGUGCGGGUGGCUGAGUACCGCAACCACUGGUCAGACGUCCUGGCUGGGUAUCUCACCGGGGGAGCCAUCGCGGCAUUCCUGGUGACGUGUGUGAUCAACAACUUCCAGCAGACCCGGCCGGGCAUGCCCCCGCCCCGCCCGCCACGCCAGGAGCCUGUGGUUGGCAUGCCCAUGAUGUCCCUGCCCUGCGUGGAGAGUCCACUCGAAAAGUUAAGUGGCCCUCAGACUCAGCGAGCUCCAUUCUCAGAGAUCACAUGACCAUCAGCCAUACCUGUUCCCCGCCACGCCCGAUGUCCUCAUCCCAUCACGCUCCAUUUCCAGCGAAGUCUAGACCACCCGACCCUUCCCCGCUGCGCCGCCCACCCCUCUGGCCGCCCGCCCCUGUACCGGUCCUACUCCACGCAGGUCUAGACCACGCCCUGCAGUGCCCCUGCACCCCUGCCCUUGAAGGUGAGCCCCUGUCCUGCAAACACAGACCACAGCCUAACCAUGAGCUUCAAGGGGCUGCUGUGCACCUGAAACAACAAAGACUCGCCGUGUGUCCCCAACCAAGCACCCAGUUCACCUGUCCAGCGUGGGAACUGUGAUGCAAAAGCAGUUUGUUUUAUCUCACUGUCAAGCACUCUGAAUGCUGGGUCUCCAGUCGAGGCUCGUGUGGCACCUGCAGGCUUUGACAGCCGUAGUUCUGAGCCCGCUGUGGCUCUUUGUGUGCAAGUCUUGUAAAAAACCUCAACGUCACUGAACACUUGACGCUCUGUCAGUGAAAGUUCCUCCUCUUCCGACACAUGUCAGUCUAAAAAUCGCACCCUCCUGCAACUGCCAAGGUCUAAAAUCCUGCUGGGAUGCAACAUCAAGACUUGUUCCUGCCUCCUGACCAAGACUCACUGAGCAUGGCUACUUCCCGUCUUUCAUCCCAGAUGUCACGUCAACCUUGCUUUUUUGACCCAGGAUGACCCGAACUGAGCCCAGGAUGGCUUGUUCUCCUUGACAUAAAGAGUGAUGACAAACUCAAACGACUGGGGUCACCCUGCAAAGACUGUCACACACUCCCUGCUCUGGAUUACAAGCCUAGGUUUUCUCCUUUCUGCAAAACACUUCCCCCAGCUGCUGAACACAAACCAUUUUCAGGACGGUCCAGAGGCAAUGAAGUCCAGUACCACAGUCAGUGCUGUUUCACAAAGCCAGGGGAAAGUCUAAGCCUGCUCACUACUGGCAGAUUAGUGCCCACUGAUCUUCAAUGACUGACUUUUUCGCAUCCUGCAGAUUCCUGCUCAAUUAUUCAUGCCUCCUCUUCCCCUGUCUCUUCAGUAUCAGUCCUCUAAGAUUCACACUGAAAGCUCUUGAAACUUGACGUGACCAUCCCAAUUGCCUGUCCUUCAGCUGAUCCCGCAAAUCAGGGAACAGAAUGUAAUCGCUCACUCCAUUCCAGCUCCUUCUGAUGAGAAAUUUCUGCUUGGAAUCUGAUGCCGGAUUUCACCCUGGGGAGUGCCCCUUUCUUCCUCUAUCCCCAGAGAGAGGGGCUUCCCAGGUCUUCUGGCCUGGCCCAUCGGGGCUGUCCAUCGAGCUUUGCCAUCGCAUCUGUCUAUCGGUCGUUUCCGUUACCUGCAUUCCACUUUUCAGCCCUAAGGAGCAACUAGAGAGACUGAUCUGUCAUACAUUUUCCAAUUUAGACACCACUCCUGUGCACUUUGUAAAUGCUGACACCUUGCUGAAGGCAUGUUGCGGGUUUACCUUCAGAGACACUGCCAAUGGGCAAGCCUACAAGUGGUCCCCGAAGUCUAAAAUACUACACUUGGAAUGAAAAUCAAAGCAAAUCGUGUCGAAACUUAGAGGUGUCCAUGAUUUGGGUUUGCACCAUCAAAGUAUGGCGCUCUUGGGUCUUGCUUAACUUAGUUAUUUCCAUUUUCAGACCAUUUUGACUGAGACUCUGUCCCACACGGCUUCUGGACUGAGGGACGGUGUGGUUUCUUGGGUUCUCACCUUCAUGGUGUCUUUCUAAUGCCUCUGAGACAGCAGUGACACCAAUAUUAGGAAGCGCCCAGCCAAAUGAAUAUUAUCUCCCAGUACCAGGGCAUGUUGGGCUCUGGGGAACGCGAGGCUUGUGUCCAUAACCUUCCCUGGCCAAACCAAUCCUCAGAUCUCUGCCUUAUGGGGAAGCCUAUGAAAAAGUGAGAUUGUACAGCUCAGUCCCACAUGCUGUUAUCCCAUCCCAGCCUCGGGUGAGGAAGACCCUGCUAGAAUUUGGGAAUGGGAUGGGAUUGGGCCGCAGGUAUUCCAAAAUCUGGGCUGUGCAUGACCCCCAUCCCAUUCCAAUUGUGCUUCGCUGCUCAUACAGGGCCAUCACCUUGGUUCUAAUAUUUUGCCCGGUGUGUGUGUUGUUCCUUCCCACCCACCACAUCCCCCGUGACUGCUUGGAACUCCUAGAGCACCAUACACAGACAAGGCGUACCGCGAUGCUGCCGCACACAAGCUUACAUUGCGAGCCAUCUCCAGUGUGUUCUGUAUCACAAGCAUUUCGGAAGCGUCUGGACUUGUCGCCCAUCCCCACUUGUCACCUCUCGGCCUCGCUGACACGCAGUGGAAAGCGUUCCCUACCACCUGCAGUGGCUGAGCCCUCGCCGGUCCUUCUGCAAGCAUCAGUGCGAGCCAGCGUUUCCUAUCCCUACGCCAUGCAUCUUGUUGGGCGACCGGCCCCCGUUGGCCCUCGAAGAAGGAGAACCCCGCACUCCUGCUCCCCCAGAGCAGACACUGCGAAGCCCAGACAGUGCCAGUGUUCCUAAAUCAGAGCUCCAGCUCAACCUUGCCCGUCUUGGCUCACUGUAAUUAUACCUCUCGCACUUGGAAGUUAUCGGCUGUAGCUCAGUUCAGCUUAUCUUUCCUAUCUAUAUUUUCCCAUGUUUGUUUCAAUCCCAGAUACACCUGUGUACAUCAGUAUAUUGUGGAUUACUUAUUUAACUGAACACCUCACAUAACUCUACUAGUUGUAAUUUAACUACAGGCUACAGUAUCUCUGUAUUUGUACUUGUAAAUUCAGCUAACAAUGCUGUUAUUGUGGUUGGCUUUGUAAUCGAGCCAGGGAGUGGCUGUCGAUACUCGGAUGAAUUGAUGUGUUGGGACGUACACUGCAGUUUCAGUUCCUCAAGCCGUCUUAUCUGGUCAGUCAUAGUGGUGAAGGUAUCAAUGGAACAAUGGAAAGAUACUACUCGUUUGCGGUCAGUCCAUUAUUAAUAAUCUGACGUACCACAUCUUUAACAUCUGCAUCUGGUGCUUGGUCCUUCAGCACAGUGGCACUUGGGCAUUCUUCCUGUUGGUCAGUGGAUCAUGGGGGACAGAGCUUCGUGAGGGAGGAGCCUGUGUUCUAUAGCUAACUGUGGUGAAGUACAGUCUCCAAGGAGCUUUUACCAUGGCAACAAGUGUCAGCUGAUUUAACUUGCUUCCCCAUAGUUCCACCAAGCUUUCACUGUGCACCACAACACUGCACAAGACUACAACAAUACCCUAUUUAUUUUUCAUACGCGAGAUGUUUCUAAGGAAACUGCAAUGCUACUUUUUGUGCAUGCUGUGUGCUGUGGUGGAUCAGACUGUUUUCGUACUCUGCUGUGGUAAAGUACAGUGAAAGAGUGAAGCAAAGGUCAAUUAAAAGAAAAGAAAUCCAGAUCUGCCUUUGUAUUUUAACCACAAAAUGCAUGAAUAGAUAGAGAGCAGGCAGCGUUUCACUGGCCAGAUGUUGAAACACAUCUGUUGUGACUCUGCAUAUCACAAACAUGUGGGAGGGGGACAGAAAAGCAAUAGUGCGCUUAUUUCAGCUUUUAGAAAGGGGAAAACACGAAUCACACAAAUGUAACCCUUAAAAAAUCUGACGACAAAGGUAAAUUGUAGUUUUCUCACCCACCCAUGCCUCCAUUUCCUAACCACUUUAUUCAGUACAGGGUUGCUGGGGAGCCAGAGCCUAUCCCAGCAAGCAGCGGGGUCAAGAC